AUGGAGGCUUUAAAGGCAGCCUUCAGGAUGGGGAUGGAGAUGGAGAGCGAGUGCCUUGUCACGUCAUGCAAGUCUCAAUCACUUGAUCCUUCAGACUUGCUUAGCUGGCUGCCCUGCUCCGCAGAAGCUUUCGUUGGCAGGGCAAUCUCUGCAAGUCCCCUAAGGGAUACUCUUCAGAGGGAUUUGCUGACAGGGCGAGUAAUUGGAGGCCAUGAGGCUCAACCACACGCCUGGAAGUGGCAGGUAUCGCUUCAGAUUGCCUAUGAUGACUACCCAGGGUACUACUCUCACAUCUGCGGUGGAACUCUUAUCAGCACCAAAUGGGUCAUGACUGCAGCCCAUUGCCUCGGCGUGCUAGAAGGAGCAACCUACCGAGUGGUUCUGGGUGAGCAUGAUCUCGAGAAGGUGGAUGGCACUGAGUACUCCAUUGAUGUGGAUAGGGUCUUCAUCCAUGAGGGCUGGAAUCCCAAUGACAUUGCCAAUGGCUAUGACAUUGCCCUGCUGCGCCUCCACUCUUCUGCCUAUGACAAUGGGUUUGUUGAGCUGGGAAUGCUUCCACCUGAAGGAGAUAUGUUGCCCAAUAACUAUCCCUGCUACCUUACCGGGUGGGGGCUAGUUAGUGGUAAUGGCAGCAGCACGGACACACUGCAGGAGGUGAUGCUGCCGGUGGUCGACCAUGAGAUCUGCUCCCAGCCUGACUGGUGGGGAUCUCAAGCAAAAGUCACGAUGAUCUGUGCAGGUGGAGACGGCGUGAGGUCCGGAUGCAGUGGGGACUCUGGGGGACCUCUCAGCUGCUACAAAGAUGAUCGCUGGCAAGUUUUUGGGAUUGUCAGUUACGGGCUAGUUCCUUACUGUAACACCUACAAGAAGCCGACAGUCUUCACACGUGUGUCAGCCUACAUAGACUGGAUCUACAGCGAAAGUGUAAGAGAUAAUAGUUUCCUAUGCAGGGUAUAUCAGUGGAGCAGGUUUAUUUUGGAGGAAGACCUUUCUGUGUUAUUCAUACUGGCGUGGAUGCGUGUCCAG